UGACCCUAAUAAAAUACCCCAUUUCAAAAUAUAUACCCUCCACUAAUUUAUACAAAUUAAUUCCACUAUUACUCAUUUGUACCCAAAAUACCCCUCAAAUUUAAUUUUCCUAUUCACACUCUCUUUCCGUCUUUCCCUCUCUUUCACUCUCUCUCUCUCUCUCUCUCUCUCUCUCUCUCUCUGUCGUUCCAUCUCUCUCUCUGUCGUUCUCGAUUGACUCUUCGACAUCGACCCAACAUCACGACCCACUCCGGCCAUCCACCCACGUCCCCGACCCACUCCGGCCAUCCACCCACGACCCCGACCCAACCACGAACCACCACGGACCACCACCACGACCCAGUGACCACCACGAACCACCACGAACCACCACGGACCACAAAACGUCGCCACCACCACCACCCGUGAUCGUCGACACCGAACAGAGGCCUUCGCCACCACGAGCAGCACGAGCAGUACCCGUCGCCACCACCACCCGUGAUCAUUAAAAGAUGGCUCCCAGACUCAUUAUUCCAGCACCCGAGCAUUUCACUGGCCGCGUCACAUAUAGGGGCACUGGAAUUUUUGCCAAAAUUAAAGCUCGGUUUGAGGAGUUCAACCUUAACAACACGGCGAAGGAAAGCCGUUUCGGGAGCUUCUGGAAUGCCGUACCACUGACAUUCUCCUCGGUGUUAUUUCACCAGCUGAUGCUCCACAAAAUGAAAGUGGAUGCUCAGGAGGAGUUGAGGAUGAGGUUUUAUGUUGGUCGGAAGGAGGUCCGAUUCGGGGUGCUGGAGUUUGCACUCAUUACGGGUUUGGACUUCUCCUCGGGGCCAACAGAAGAGGAGAAGGCUGCGCAGGUCGCGCGCUCGGGGUCAGACCGACUGAUCAACAAAUAUUUCAACCGGUCUGAUAGUGUGAAGACAGAAGCACUCCAACUUCAGUUCACAAACUGCCAGAACCCGGAAGACUUGUACAAGCUCGGCUUGUGCUUGUUUGUGGAGUCAGUGCUUCUGGGCCGCGAGGCCAACGCGCUGAUCACGCCUCACAUCAUUAGAUAUGUGGAAGACCUCGAGUUCUUCUUCCGGAUUCCUUGGGGGAAGCACUCAUUCGCCAGACUCAUGCACUCGCUUCAGAAAGACAUGUUGAAACAGAAGGCCAACUACGAGAAGAAGCUGAGUUCGGAUGUUCAGCACGAGUGCAAAUACACAGCAUAUGGCUUCGCACCUGCAGUCCAAUAUUGGGCGUACGAGGCCAUUUUGGAGGUUGGCAAGAGGUAUGGCACGAACCACGGGAUUCGGUUCCCCAGGAUGCUUAGCUGGACGAGCAAAGGCGAUAUUGGGAAGAAAGACGUCAGCGCAUUAUUUUCUAGACGGAAUCUGGAAGUGGUGAAGGGGCUCCUUCCACGGACAGAGGAGGAGGCAUUUGUGAGGACAAUUUCUUACGAUGGUGUGGAGAACCUGGUUGAUGAUGCUGUGGAUGACACAGAGGCUGAGGCAGGUAGUCAGGUACCAGAGACUCAGGUCCCAGACACUCAGGAAAGAGACACUCAGGUACCAAUUUUUGGAACUUUUUUAUCUUCGGCACGGAGGCCCCAAAGCAGAUCCAUCUACCCCACCACCACCGCUUCACCCCCGGUAGAAGAGGAUGAGGUCUUCCCCGACGAUUACGAUCCUUAUGAGGGAGCUCCAGCGACUCCGAUCGAGGCACAACCUCUUAUCCAUGUACAUGACACCGAGUCGCAGGGUGAGAUUCUGUCCAUAGAGGCACAACCUGCAGUGGUUAAGAGUCGGAAGAGGAAGAGAAAGCCUCCUGUAUGGUUCGGUGACUAUACGGAGAUGAAGAGGAGACAUAGGCCAUCUUCGACUUUUGAUCCCCUGGAGCCACCGGACGAGAAAUUGUUAACCACUUUCCGAAAGUGGUGUGUUGGACUCAUUCCGAACCACCGACUUCGGGAUUUGAGAAGUGGUGAUUACGGUCCAGGAUUCUUUUGGAUAAUGCUCACACCAAAGGAAUGGCUUACAGAUGACCAUAUAGAUGCAGCAAUGCAUAUGCUGAGGAGGCGACGCACCGACUAUCCACUGACAUUUCCUCAGAAGGGUAUCAUUCUCUCCACAUUCGUGACCGCCAUGAUCAGCAGUGCAUGGACGAGCCACAAGGGUCCGAGGAAAAACUUUAAAUGGGAGGAAUAUAUCCUGGACUACUGCACAGGGUUUCAUAAGUCCCAAGUCUUUGAGAGAUGGAGGGGUAACGAGUUUAUUUACUUCGUUCUGCACCUUCCCACGGCAAGACACUGGGUCACAGUUGAAGUGGACAUAGAGCUGUGGAAAAUUAAUGUCUACGACUGUGAUUCUAGCGUCUGUCAUUGGACCGCCAUGGAACCCAUCUUGAAGGUUUGGUCAGAACUGCUGCCCUCGCUAAUCCUUGCAACCGGGGAAUUUCCACAUAACAACCAGAUCAUGUCGUUAGCUAACGGUGACAUCACGGUGCUUCCAAAAAUGCACGCGAGUCGAGCCACUCACGACUUAGUUCCGAAGUCAGCAACCAGUGGUGAUUGUGGCGUGUAUUGCAUUGAGUAUGUGGAGCAUCUCAUGAUGCAGCGUGGAUUGACCGAUGUGACGCCAGACCGGAUAGCCAUGUUUCGUCAACGGUGGUGUGUCGAUUUAUUUUACCAAAAUGUCGGCUGAUUAUAUUUUUAAUUAUUGGGACAUUGUAUAUUUUGUGUAAUUAACAUUACAGUUAUGUAUAUAUAUAUUUUCUUUUCGUUCAAA